AUCCCAAAGUCAACAAAGGGAAAUCCACUCAGGGGCAGCUCUUCCUUGCUUUUUCCAAUUUGGUAUCAGCAGGCAAUUCAAUUGAAAACAAUGAAAUGCAAAAUUUGGUGCCUUGGCAACUAAGGACAAUAUUCAUCCAGAGAACAGAACAACGCUGGUUGUCGCAACAAAGACUGAUGGGAGCAUCUCCAACUGUCCAAUCUUGGAGCUAACUAAAGACACUGAAACCUCAGCCCUCAGUCUCACUACAAUACUGUUCCUCAUUGGCUAAAUCACCAACAUUGUACAAUGGCCUGCAGGUUCUAUAUAAACUGGUAGUCAUCUUCCCACUGAACGAUCACUGCAACUAAACAGGGACAGAAAACCCAGUUGAGAGAGAGAGAGAGAGAGAGAGCAGUAAGACGAUUACAUUACAUACCUAUCUUUUCAAAACCCAAAAUGGCUUCACAACGCCAAUGGACCGUCGUCCUGGUUCUGAGGCUCAGCACUCUGUUCAUUCUGGUAGCCUCUGUUCUUGUUCUGGUCUUCAACACCGUCAAAGUCCCCUUCGAUGUCAGGAACUUCUCCCUCGACGAGUUCAAUCCCACCAAGCUCACUUUCAAAGACCUCAUCGCUUUCAAGUACUUGCUUGCUGUUGCCAUUAUCGGAGCGGUCUACACGAUUGUUCAGCUGCCUUUGGCAAUCUACCACGUAGCCACCGGAAAGAGGCUGUCCCGAAACGACUGCAUGCCAGAGUUCGAUUUCUACGGCGACAAGCUGGUGAGCUACCUGCUGGCCACGGCGGUGGGAGCUGGGUUCCUGGCGUGCGCGGAUCUGAAGGUGAACCUGGAUAAGAUGUUUAAGACGCUUGAAGAUGCAAACACAGCAGGGCUGGGUGAUUCCAGGGAGAACUACGACAAGUUCUUCAACAUGGGGUUCUUAGCAACCACGCUGCUUUUCUUGGCUUUUGUUUGCAUGGCUGUCGUCUCCGUGCUCUCUUCGAUUAACCGCAACCACGAUAAAACUAGGUCCAUCUUUGGCUGAGAGUGUCUUGAACAGCGGCAUACAGAGUUGGAUCAGGCAUAAGUCUAGGUUCUGCCUGGGACUUGAGAUGCUUUACAUUUAAUUUUUCUUCCUGCAGUGGCUUUGAACAUUCCAUUUCAGUUUGUUCCUUAUAAUGCAAGAUUUGAAUCUUGAUGAAUUGUAUGUUCUUUAUUACCAUUUUUUCCUUUCUUGGUAUUGUAUUUUCUUGAUUAAUGAAAUAAGAAGAAAAGAGAAGAAUUUGUUCAGGAUUAUUCCCCAAACACGAGCAUGACUGCUGAUUAGACAUUACAGACAACAACGUAUCAGCUUGCAUUACAAGUUUACAACUUACCUCUUUAUGACAAUGUACAAUGAUCAGAUUGCACAGAAACAGUUUCCCGAAGCUCGAACAUGGCUCCAGCCCCAAUUCCUUUUCUGGCUUUUCUGAUCAACCCAAAGCUGAUCCUCCUAGUUCAAGCGACAACAAAUUUACUUCAGAGGUAGGCAAGUAGGAAUUUAUUAUGGGCAGAGGAAGAAGACAUGAAGGUCAGGGUUCUGGAAAGUGAAGAUAUGGAAUCUAAAGCCACUUUCAGCAUCUUCUGUGGACAACCUGGUCUCGCCAUCUCUUUUACCUGAGACCAACCAUCCAAUGGAAAUCGUCGCAGCUGCUGCUUCAGCUUCCUGGGCAACUGACAAUCACAAAUGGUGAAGCUUACUACACCUACAUAAAACCGGAUUCCCAUUUAAGGGUAACUAUAAAGAAUGAAGACCAGCAGCAUUGAAGAAGUGCAAAGAUUCUAAAGAAACGAUGGUCCGUGGCAUCGCCAUUGGAUCCUUCCUUUCUAGUAUAUUUCUAUACUUCAUAGUUUCUUGGGAAAAUGGCAAACCAGAUGACCUACCAGUUGCUAGAUUCUUAGACGGUGUAAUAGGUUUGUCUACCACACUACAGGAGUAAAAGACUGACCAAUUGCGAUGAAAAAAUAAACUGUCGAUUCCAUAAAGGUGUUUUUGCUUCCCUGUCCAUACCCUGGUCACCAAAUUCUUGUUUCCCACUUGUACAAUUCCAAAGCGUAUUUGCCAGCUACCAUUCUCAACAACGUUUCUCAGCCCAAUGUUCAGUCGAUCAUAAACUGAACAACGGAGAAAAGAUUCAAACUUUAUUUCUUCCCCUAAAACCUUUCUUUCGUCCACCUAUUAGUAAGAAUCGUUUUGAAACUUCAACAGGAAGGGAGAUUUCAGCGAACCCAGAAAAAAAUGAAGCUAAAAAUGAUCAAACGGUGGAUAGGCUUGAGUACCUUCGACGAAUCAGUGGGCACUUCCAAAUUCAACAACAGAAUUAGGAGCUGCGGAUACAUAUUGGUGACACUCGUGAGCGAAAAACAAAUAGCGGCCAGCGGUGGCGGGAGGGAGGGACCAAUUCAUUCCCCGGCGAGGCUACGAACGGAACUGAAAGGAACCUGAAUCUAAUAGGAAUCCUCCCCUGUUCGCUUUUUUAUGUCUGAUAGGCUAUCGUCAGAACGUUCUUGUAUUCUCAAAUAGGUCUGUGAGGACAAUUGAGGGGGGGGGGGGGGGGAUGAAUUCUAUGUGUUGCCUUAUUUACAAUGUAAUCUUGCAAAAUGUCAACCGUUAAUGUAUACUUAACUAUUGUCUAUUAAUUUGUACUUCAAAUGAUUAAAUAAUAUUUUAUCCAAAUAAAAAAAUUUGACUAAUAAAUUAUAUCAACUCCAAAUACCAAUUCAAAUGAUUAGCCCAAUUUUGUGAUGGAGGGCUAAGUGGCUUGAUAAGUUGAGGAGUGAGGAUAACUGGAAUACUGCAUCCAUGGCGUCUCGCGUCUUCGAUCGCUGCUUGAUCGGAGUUGGAGGCCUCACCAAUAACGCCGACGACAAAUUCUUUCGUGUCGGCCAUCGAGGGAUCUCCGUCGACAAUGGGGGAGAUUCAAUAGAGGAAAAUCAAAACACAGAUUCAAU